GCCUUUCUGUUUUUGUACGCUUGCAAAAGGCAGCUGUUUGACUAGCAUUGCAUUUUAGUUUUGUUUUAGCACUGACGUAGCGAAGAGUGUUGAAUAAAGUGUGUGCUAACGAAUCUGAGAAACUUGCGAUGGCUAACUUUGAUCUAGGAACGAUAUCAAGCGCCCUGACCGACCUGGACAAGAACGGCGUCGAAUGGGUUGGAAAAGCGUCGAAGUGGGGAACGGAAGCAGAAGCGCUGGAUCUUAUCAAUACCAUCAACGAGUGUCCGGACAUGCGUUUUCUGAACUUGGAAGGUAAUACACUCGGUGUGGAAGCGGCAAAGGGGAUUGCAAAAGCGCUGGAAAAACAUCCCGAAUUGAAACGUGCCCUUUGGAAAGAUCUAUUCACCGGUCGUAUGAAGGAAGAGAUUCCGAUUGCUCUGAAAGCACUGGGCCAGGGUAUGAUAACGGCCGGCGCACGGCUGACCGUGCUGGAUUGCUCCGAUAAUGCUCUCGGACCGAAUGGAAUGGUCGGUCUGGUCGAUUUGUUGAAAAGUUCCACCUGCUACACACUGCAGGAACUGAAGCUGAACAAUUGUGGGCUAGGAAUUGAAGGUGGAACCAUGCUCGCAAAGGCACUUCUGGAGGGACACCGUGGUAGCGUGAAAGCGGGUCCACCACUGGCUCUGAGAGUAUUUAUCGCCGGUCGCAACCGAUUGGAAAACGCGGGCGCUAAAGCUCUAUCGGAAAUGUUUGCCACCAUCGGUACACUCGAGCAAAUCGAGAUGCCCCAAAAUGGAAUCUACCAUGUGGGCAUCACGGCCCUAUCGGAAGCAUUCAAGUCGAACCCAAACCUUCGCAUUCUCAACUUGAACGACAACACGAUCGGACCACGAGGAGCGGCCGCCCUAUCCGAAGCACUGCCGACACUGACGAAGCUGAAAGAGAUUAACUUUGGCGAUUGUUUGCUGAAAACUAAAGGUGCCUCGUUCAUCGGGGAAGCGUUGCACGAGGCACAUACGGAACUGGAAGUGUUGGAUUUUAGCUUCAACGAAAUUGGUCCAGACGGUGGCUUUGCGCUGGUGAACGCAACUGCAAACAAGACUAAAUUGCGCUCACUCGUUCUGAAUGGCAACCAGUUCGGGGAGGAGAGUUGCGAAAGCAUGAAGGAGCUUAUGCGAGACUACGGUCGGGCGUCCGCAAUGGGACCGUUGGACGAGGAUGCCGGUGACUGUGACGGAGAAGAAGAAGAGGAUGAAGAGGACGACGAUGAUGAGGCAGGAAGCGAAGAGGAGGACGAUGAGGACAACGAUGGCGAGGGUGCAGAAGAAACGGAGGAAGAGGACGACGAGGAGGUGGAUGAAACGGUCGAAGGGUACGACGAUGAGGAAGAAGAUUCCGAAGAGGCCCUUCUGACACGUAUGAAGGAGCAUAGCAUGAAAGCGAACGGGGGAAGCAACAAUAACGAUACAUCCACAGUUUCCGUUGAUCUGGACACCACGUUACCGAAUACGGUCGAUUCCUUCUGUCGCACGCACUAUCCUUCGGAGGAAAUGUUCCAGUCGCUGGCAGAUCAGGACAAAGCGGCUGCCUUCCGCGAGUACCUUGGCGCCAUUCCCAAAGCCGACUAUCUGGUACAUGUGGCCUUCACAAUUCUCAAAUGUUCAGAAAUAAGUGAGCGACAGCCGGAAGCUCUCAAUGUGGCAUGCGCCCUUUAUAAGGACGCCUUUGAGUUUGCCAAAGCGAACAAUCGGUUAAGAAGUUUCCGUAACUUUGUUCUCAUCCAGCUCGGACUGCUGAAGUCGGAGGAUCGCAGUUUCCGGCCGAGCUACAACAUUCAGGGGUGCCGGUAUGCGUUACGAAACGCCAUGAGCAAAAGUUACGUACCAGAAGAAGAAGCGAAUAUUUUUAAAACAUUUCUCGAGCAUAGAGGCUAAAAAGGGAAAUGCAACGAUUCCACCGUAGCAAGCGGUGUAAUAGUUUCAACCGUCGUAAUUUUUCAUAUUUAUGUUUAUUCGAAAAAUCCCUUUAACCAAACAAGAUAAACCUCUAGGCACAUCCUGUGAAUGAUGCUUAAAGCUGUAA